AAAUAAAAGAAAGAAAUAGUUUCCGUUACACAUAUCUUUCCUCUCCUCCUCCUCUGCAAAUCCCUAAACUUCGUCUUCUUCUUCUUCUCCGAUCGUCGAUCCAGUUUCUCAGUCUCCAAAGAUUCUCCUCUCUUCCGCCACCGCCGCAUUUGCAUUCCUUAAAGUGUGUAGAAGAAAAUGAUGGGCCUGCCGAGGACGCCCGCAAGCAAGAUAAACAGGGCCAAUCCGUCUACACCUGGCGGCUCCAGAGUCACAGAGGAGAAUAUACUCGUCACUGUACGGAUGAGACCAUUGAACUCGAGGGAGCAUGCCAAAUAUGACCUCAUUGCUUGGGAUUGUCCAGAUGAUCACACCAUUGCUUUUAAAAACCCCAAUCCUGAGAGAGGUUCAGCGAAAUAUUCAUAUGACAAAGUAUAUGAGCCCACCUGUGCAACUCAGGAGGUUUAUGAAGGUGGUUCAAGGGAUGUCGCACUUUCUGCUUUAGCAGGAACCAACGCAACCAUUUUUGCAUAUGGUCAGACCAGCAGUGGAAAGACCUUUACAAUGAGAGGGGUCACCGACAGUGUAGUUAAAGAUAUAUACGAGCAUAUAAGUAAAACUCAAGAAAGGAGCUUUGUCUUGAAAGUAUCAGCUUUGGAGAUCUAUAACGAGACUGUGGUUGACCUUUUGAAUCGUGAUACUGGGCCCCUUAGACUGUUAGAUGAUCCUGAGAAAGGAACCAUUGUAGAAAAUCUGGUUGAGGAAGUGGUUGAAAGCAGGCAACAUUUACAGCACUUAAUUGGCAUUUGUGAAGGUCAAAGGCAAGUAGGUGAAACUGCUCUGAACGACAAAAGUUCAAGAUCUCAUCAGAUUAUUCGGCUGACCAUUCAGAGCAGUCUAAGGGAAAUAGCAGGCCGUGUGCAGUCUUUCAUGGCAACUUUGAAUCUUGUUGAUCUUGCUGGAAGCGAACGUGCUUCUCAAACAAACGCAGAUGGUCUAAGAUUUAAGGAGGGGAAUCAUAUUAACCGAAGCUUACUGACACUUACGACAGUUAUUAGAAAGCUGAGUUCUGGAAAAAAAAAUGAUCACAUACCAUAUAGAAACUCGAAGCUUACAAGGAUUCUGCAAAAUUCACUUGGUGGGAAUUCGAGAACUGCAAUAAUAUGCACCAUUAGUCCAGCCCUGAGCCACGUUGAGCAGACGAAAAAGACGCUUUCUUUUGCGUCCAGUGCAAAGGAAGUCAAAAACUGCGCUAAAGUAAACAUGGUGGUCUCAGAAAAAUUAAUGUUGAAACAUCUGCAGCAAAAAGUAGCAAAACUCGAAUCAGAGUUAAGAAUCCCAGAGUCUAGUUCAUCUACCUGCUUAAAGUCUCUGUUAGUUGAGAGAGAGAUAAAAAUCCAACAGAUGGAAACGGAGAUGAAAGAGUUAAAGCGUCAGAGAGACAUUGCACAAUCUCAGCUUGAACUAGAAAGAAAAGGAAAGGAGCAGAAGGUAGCAAGGUGUCUUUCCUACGAUGCUCAGGAGGAGUCCACUCCAAGCAAAUCUUUUCCUAAAAGCCGCAGAACAAGUCGUAGAAAAGAUAAUGCGAGGCAGUCUCUAACAUCAGCGGAUCGAACAGCGCUAGCCCAAGAGAUCCGUUUGUUUGAGAAAAAUCAGAAGAAGUUAGGCGAGGAAGCAAACCAAGCGCUAGAUCUUAUUCACAAAGAAGUGACAUCUCACAAACUGGGUGAUCAACAAGCUGCAGAGAAAUUUGCGAAAAUGCUCUCAGAGAUCCGUGACAUGCAGAAGAGCAACCUUAUACCGGAGGAAACUGUAGUUGGUGAUAAGGCCAGCUUGAAAGAAGAGAUAAACCGGCUCAACUCUGAAGAAAUUGCAGCUAUGGAGAAGAAGAUUGAGCGUGUUCAGAAAUUCAUUGACACGCUUGCGUCGUCUUACCAGACAGAUGAAGAGACUCCGGAGUUCAGGACCCAGAUGAAAAAGAAGAGAGUUCUUCCCUUUGGAUUAAGUAAUAGUCCAAACUUACAGCAUAUGAUCCGGGCACCAUGCUCACCUCUUUCGUCUUCGGGGACUGAAAACAAGGCUCCUGAGAGCAAUGUCGUUUCCGCUAGGGAUAGGGAUAUUCGAACCCCCUCAAAGGAAGGAGGAACCCCUGUAUCAUCAUCAUCACGACAAGCUAAUUCAGUCGAUGUUAAGAGAAUGAAGCGUAUGUUUAAGAAUGCUGCGGAAGAAAAUAUACGUAACAUCAAAGAUUAUGUUAAUGGAUUGAAAGAACGUGUGGCGAAGCUUCAAUACCAGAAGCAGCUUCUUCUUUGCCAGGUGAUAGAACUGGAGGGAAACGAGACAGCUGAGUCCGAUGAAUCUCAAACGGAAGGGCCCUUGUGUUUUGAAGAGCAGAGAAAGCAAAUCAUAAUGUUAUGGCAUCUUUGCCACAUCUCAAUCAUUCACAGGACGCAGUUCUACAUGCUGUUCAAAGGAGACCCAGCUGAUCAAAUCUACAUGGAAGUAGAGCUCCGCAGGCUGACGUGGCUCGAGCAGCACCUGGCCGAGUUGGGAAACGCAAGUCCAGCAUUGCUCGGCGAUGAACCAGCAAGCUACGUAGCAUCAAGUAUAAGAGCAUUGAAGCAAGAGAGAGAGUAUUUGGCAAAACGGGUAAACACGAAGCUAGGAGCAGAGGAAAGAGAGAUGCUGUACCUGAAGUGGGACGUAGCGCCUGUGGGUAAACAGAGGAGGCAACAGUUGAUCAAUAAACUGUGGACAGAUCCACACAACACGGAGCACGUGAAAGAGAGCGCAGAGAUAGUGGCGAAGCUUGUGGGGUUCUGUGACUCGGGGGAGAACAUAAGGAAAGAAAUGUUUGAGCUCAACUUUGCUUCUCCUGCGGAUAAGAAGACAUGGAUGAUGGGUUGGAACUUCAUUUCAAGUUUCUUGCAUCUCUAAGGCCAACUCGUAGUUCUCACUUCUCAACACGUCUUAAGAUUCUUCCUUUUUUUUCCUUCUGUAGAUACUUUAGAUUCUCCGAGUCUUUUGAAGCUAAACGUUGAAACUUAUUUCAUUUUCAUUCCUGAUAAUAGAUCGUUUACCUUGAAAUUAUCAAGUCAAUGUGAGUUUGGGAGCAA